GGUAUUCGGACACAGUGAGGGGACUGCAGGACAGACGGGGUGAGGGAGACACAGUGAGGGGAGUGCGAUCCCGGCCGGAGCCGGGGGUGAAUGUCUGCGGAUCCGAGGUCAGGGCUCGGUUCUGCUCGCUGUAUCUCUCCGGAGAAGAUGCGGCAGAUCCGUUGCUCAGAGGCUGUGGCUCUGGGUUGCUGCCUGAUCCUCGCGUUCCUUCCCCGGCAGGCGAAGCCCGGAGUCCCCGGAACCCCCCGAUCUGCUCCGGGAAGAGGGCUGGUACGGGCGGCGAGAGUGAAGGUGUGUGGUGCUGCGUGCUGCAAAGGAUGGGCAUCUGGGCCGCAAGCCGGAAGGUGCACGAAACCGCUCUGCAUCCCACGCUGCCGUAACGGUGGGUUUUGUCAGCGGCCGCAGACCUGUGCGUGCAAGCCCGGCUUUGAGGGAAGACGCUGUGAGACUGAGAUAUCCCUGCAGCAUCGGUCAAACAUCACAGUUCCCUCGGCUCGGCCUCUGGAAGUCGUGUCCACAAGCAGCAGCCUGAAGGGAGGAAGAGGGCGAGAAGGAAGAAAAGCUGUCAUCUCCCGUUACAUUGGCCGGAAAAAAGCCACGGUUCGACGGCAGCCGCUAUCAGUGAAGCAGUCUCAGGCCAUGUUACUGAGGAAACUCUCCAGCAAACUCCCUGUGGCUGCCAAGAGUCACUCACCGAUGCACAUCGCGGAGGGCCAGGGCAGCAAGACAAUCCCGAGGAUGGCCGGGUACGGACAUUCUGCCGUCAAACAAUCCAAGCUGAGAGUUCUCUGUACAUUUCGAUGCCAGAACGGAGGAGUGUGUGUGGGAAGGGAUCGGUGUCGUUGCACACCUGGCUUCAAGGGAAGAGCUUGUCAGAUUCCCGCUUCAUCCCACAGCAGCUUCCCAACUGAGGAGCCAGUCGCAGUAUCCAAAUCUCGGAUACGAAGCUCAUACACCCUGCCUCUCUCCAACCAACGGCUCCGACACCCGGCAGAUCAACGGAUGCUAUCAGUUGUUAACCUACAAGUUGACCACCCUCCUGAAGUGUCUGUGAAGAUCCACCAGGUCUCACGGGUAAAUGGAGGAAGGAACAACAGUUCUGCUCCACAACCCAUCGUACACGGAACCCGUCAGAGGGCACUACGUGAUCAGGCAAUGGAAGAUCAGCUGGGAUCUCUCACGGUCAUUCCGCAGUCUGGUGGUGACUACCCGUUCGGCUACUGCUUCACCGAGAUAACAAAUGGACAGUGUGCUUCCCCUCUGACUGGGCUGCGGACACUGGAGCACUGCUGCCGAGGAGGAGGAGUAGGCUGGGGAGUGACGGAGUGUAGCGAGUGCCCGGUGUCUCCAGAAAGUGACUGCCCGCAAGGAUUUCAGAAAACAGCUGACGGUGAAUGUCAAGACAUCAAUGAGUGCAGCUCGCCAAGAAUCUGUCAGAACGGCAAGUGCAUGAACAUGAGAGGCAGUUACAGCUGCGUCUGCAACCCCGGCUACGUCCAAGAUACUUCCAAGAGCCGGUGCAUCUCACAGCAGGUUAUCUCACCGACCCGGGGACCCUGUUACCGCAUUUGGAGGAGUGGGUUCUGUUCCCUGCCCGUUGUACAGAACAUCACCAAGCAGAUCUGCUGCUGCAGUCGCGUAGGGAAAGCCUGGGGUCCCAACUGCCAGAGGUGUCCUUCCCUGGGCACAGGUGCAUUCCGGGAAGUCUGCCCUGCUGGACCUGGCUACCACUAUACCAGGUCAGACCUCAGAUACAUCAACCGGGUGAACGAAGAGCAUAGCCAAAACAGAGGGCGGGUGAAUCUAGUGCGGCAAACCACCACCCUGGCACCUCGUGGCAGGCACACUGUGGCUCCCAGGUUGAGAGAGAUGACAACUAUCGCCAUUUUGCCUACAACUACCACCACGGCCCUGCCUUGGAGAAGAACCCCAGCUCCUCAGCUUCAUAUCUGCCUCCGAGUUCCACAGGUCUGUGGCCCAGGACGCUGUAUGAUGCGACAGCAAGGGUACACGUGUGUGUGCAACGCGGGGUUCAGGCUGAAUGCUGAGCGAUCGCGCUGUGUCGAUAUGGAUGAAUGUGGACAAAGGCCUUCACCCUGCCCCAAUGGUCGAUGCGAGAACGUGGUUGGCAGUUACCGUUGUGUGUGCUCCAGAGGGUUUGUGGCCAAUUCUCAAGGCACAGAUUGUACUGAUAUCGAUGAGUGCUUGAAUGAGCUCGCUUGUCCAAACUCGGAGUGUGUGAAUUCCAUUGGAUCUUUCCACUGCCUCCCCUGCUCCACAGGAUACCAGAUCCAGGAUCGAAAGUGUACAGAUGUGGAUGAAUGUGGACAAAGGCCUUCACCCUGCCCCAAUGGUCGAUGCGAGAACGUGGUUGGCAGUUACCGUUGUGUGUGCUCCAGAGGGUUUGUGGCCAAUUCUCAAGGCACAGAUUGUACUGAUGUGGAUGAAUGUGGACAAAGGCCUUCACCCUGCCCCAACGGUCGAUGCGAGAACGUGGUUGGCAGUUACCGUUGUGUGUGCUCCAGAGGGUUUGUGGCCAAUUCUCAAGGCACAGAUUGUGCUGAUGUGGAUGAAUGUGGACAAAGGCCUUCACCCUGCCCCAAUGGUCGAUGCGAGAACAUGGUUGGCAGUUACCGUUGUGUGUGCUCCAGAGGGUUUGUGGCCAAUUCUCAAGGCACAGAUUGUGCUGAUGUGGAUGAAUGUGGACAAAGGCCUUCACCCUGCCCCAAUGGUCGAUGCGAGAACGUGGUUGGCAGUUACCGUUGUGUGUGCUCCAGAGGGUUUUUGGCCAAUUCUCAAGGCACAGAUUGUGCUGAUAUGGAUGAAUGUGGACAAAGGCCUUCACCCUGCCCCAAUGGUCGAUGCGAGAACAUGGUUGGCAGUUACCGUUGUGUGUGCUCCAGAGGAUUUGUGGUCAAUUCUCAAGGCACAGCUUGUACUGAUAUGGAUGAAUGUGGACAAAGGCCUUCACCCUGCCCCAAUGGUCGAUGCGAGAACGUGGUUGGCAGUUACCGUUGUGUGUGCUCCAGAGGAUUUGUGGCCAAUUCUCAAGGCACAGAUUGUACUGAUAUCGAUGAGUGCUUGAAUGAGCUCGUUUGUCCAAACUCAGAAUGUGUGAAUUCCAUUGGAUCUUUCCACUGCCUCCCCUGCCCCACAGGAUACCAGAUCCGGGAUCGAAAGUGUACAGAUGUGGAUGAAUGUGGACAAAGGCCUUCACCCUGCCCCAAUGGUCGAUGCGAGAACGUGGUUGGCAGUUACCGUUGUGUGUGCUCCAGAGGGUUUGUGGCCAAUUCUCAAGGCACAGAUUGUACUGAUAUUAAUGAGUGCUUGAAUGAGCUCACUUGUCCAAACUCAGAGUGUGUGAAUUCCAUUGGAUCUUUCCACUGCCUCCCCUGCCCCACAGGAUACCAGAUCCAGGAUCAAAAGUGUACAGAUGUGGAUGAAUGUGGACAAAGGCCUUCACCCUGCCCCAAUGGUCGAUGCGAGAAUGUGGUUGGCAGUUACCGUUGUGUGUGUUCCAGAGGGUUUGUGGCCAAUUCUCAAGGCACAGAUUGUACUGAUAUCGAUGAGUGCUUGAAUGAGCUCGUUUGUCCAAACUCGGAAUGUGUGAAUUCCAUUGGAUCUUUCCACUGCCUCCCCUGCCCCACAGGAUACCAGAUCCGGGAUCGAAAGUGUACAGACAUUGAUGAAUGUGCAAGAGGUGCAACCUGUGGAGAGGCUGGAAUGUGCGUCAACACCGAAGGCUCCUAUCGGUGCAGAUGUAACCCUGGAUACCGGCUCCGUGCUGACGGCAAUCAGUGUGCAGAUAUCAAUGAAUGUUUUGAAGGAGAUUAUUGUGCCCCAUAUGGAGAGUGUCUGAACAGUGCAGGAUCCUACACCUGUCUCUGUGCUGAGGGAUUCACCACUUCUGCUGACCUCUCUACUUGCUUAGAUGUUGAUGAGUGUACCACCGCUGACCGCUGUGACAGAGGGCGCUGCACCAACACUGUCGGCUCAUUUGAGUGCUCGUGUGAACCCGGAUUCCGAGUUGAUGCGGAUCGAUCUCAGUGUCUAGACCUCGAUGAGUGUGUGGAAUACCCAACGAUCUGCGGCUCCAAACGUUGUGAGAACACCCCCGGCUCCUUCCAGUGCAUCACCGAGUGUGGAGUGGGAUUCCAGCUGAGCCCCGCCCAGCAGUGUGUUGAUAUAGACGAGUGCAGCAAUGCCACCAUCUGUGGACCCAAUGCCUACUGUCAGAAUGUGGCAGCGACGUUCCGGUGUCACUGUGACCAGGGUUACCAGAGGGCAUCAGAUGGGUCACAGUGUGUGGAUAUAGACGAGUGCAGCAAUGCCACCAUCUGUGGACCCAACGCCUACUGUCAGAAUGUGGCAGCGUCGUUCCGGUGUCACUGUGACCAGGGUUACCAGAGGGCAUCAGAUGGGUCACAGUGUGUGGAUGUGAAUGAGUGUCAGAUCAUGCAAGGCGUUUGUGGUGCAGCGUCUUGCGAGAAUGUCCCUGGUUCAUUCUUGUGCAUCUGCCUGGAUGAGAAGGAAGAAUUUGACCCUGUAACAGGACGAUGCAAUCGUCGAGUUGAGCACGCGACACCUGCAAGGGAGAAGAAUGAAUGCUACUACAACCUGAAUGAUGUGCAGCUGUGCCAGAAUAUCCUGGCAGGCAAUGUGACUCGGCAGGAGUGUUGCUGUACCGUCGGGGAGGGAUGGGGCAAGGACUGCAGAAUCUACCAGUGUCCUGUGUAUGACUCCGAUGAAUAUCAGUCUCUGUGCCCUCAAGGGCGAGGGUUUAUUUCCGUUCCACACCCAACAUUUGAAAGGAGUUACAUGGAUGCCGACGAGUGUACGCUCUUUGGGUCGGAAGUCUGCAAGAAUGGCGUGUGCGUCAACACGGUUCCGGGAUACUCCUGUUAUUGUCCAUUUGGAUAUUAUUAUCACUCCACCCUUCUGGAGUGCAUUGAUAACAACGAGUGUGAGGACGCAGAUGUUUGUGACAAUGGAGAAUGUGUGAACACAGUGGGCUCCUAUUACUGUUCAUGUCAGCCUCCCCUCAUCCUUGAUGUCACUCUUCGCAGGUGCACCUCCAACGAUACCGAGCAGUUUGAUGUCCACAUGGCUCUCUGUUGGCAGGAGGUAGGCCGCAACUACCUGUGUAAACGGCCUUUUCUGGAGCGACUUACAACCUACACAGAAUGUUGCUGUCAGUAUGGUGAAGCAUGGGGAAUGGACUGUGCCCUGUGCCCAACUAGAAAUACAGAAUAUCACAAUGCGUUGUGCAGCUACCUGAGUUCACCCACUGAUGAAGAUGAUGGCUACCCUUACGGUUUGGAAUAUGAAAACUAUGGUCCGCAGUUUGAACCAGAGUUCCCUCCGGAUACCUUCCGGACCUAUGAUCCCCAAGAGUACGAUGCUGGCCCAUCUCCACUCAGUGACAGGCGAGGGUCCAGUCCCCUGGAGUUUGAGCCGUACCCAGCUGCGGACCCUCUGGGUGGCCGUACGCUCUACGAGUCUCGCCGACAGCGCUCGGGACCAGCCCGCAGUGAGCAGAGCUCGUCCUCUCGAUCCCGCUACCGGCCUCGAACCAGGCACACCGGGCGUGGUUUCAGCACCAGGAGCAUCCGGGUCAGCUUGCCUGAGCAGCAGAAUCGUCAGCCAGACGCUGCACCGGACACCCACCCUCGCCUCAUCAGUAACAACGGGCAAUAUCACACCCAGUUCCAACAAUACAACAGCCUGCGGGUGGAGGAAUGUGGAAUUGUGAACGGCUGUGAGAAUGGCAGGUGUAUCCGUGUGCCCGAGGGCUUCACCUGUGAUUGUGACGCCGGCUACAGACUCGACAUGACCAAGAUGACUUGCAUUGAUAUAAACGAGUGUGACGAAGUUGAAGAUCCCACAGUUCUCUGCAGGAACGCCAAAUGCAUUAACACGGACGGCUCGUAUCGAUGCAUCUGCUUACGCGGUUACGUGCUGUCACGCCAGCCCAAUCACUGCACAACCGUGCAGGGGAGCGUGAGGGGGGCAGGCUUGUGAAACCAAAGAUUAAGAAUAGCAACCAGUUCCACGUUUAAGAGACAAGUUGUUAUUGUUGAAUAAUCAGGGUGGGAGGUAUUUAUUUCACUGCUAUUUAAUUGAUAUUGGGGAGAGGCGGGGAGAAGCACAACUUAUCAUAUGAGAGCACUUGAACUUUGUUUUUAAACUGGGAUUGUACUGGUCUUCAAUCCAGCAGCUCUGCAUUCCAUCAGAACCUGACCUGCUGGCAGCAACUAUUCCUUGUGUAUAACAGUCCAGUAUCAUUAAAAACAAUCUGGUCUGCAUACAAUGAAUUAAUAUCAUGCGAUGUUCUUGUUGAAUCUGUUCCACACUGAUAGCUGUCUCAUUUUAGCUGAGCCACCUAAAGAUGACUCACUAUUUAUUUUACUCACUGACCAUUACACCACUGACAUUGAGGGCAGCAAUGAAAGUCCUUUAUCUCUGGUAUUAUUCAGAGCUUCCUUCAUCAUGUCAGUAGUUUCCUCUCUGUUUUCACUGGCAGUCAUGUAAGUCCUGGGUGCAGACUCAGGAAUAUUGUUGCACUCAGAUAUUGAAGAGUUCUUCAUUGUUGUUUCCAGAAGUGUUUUUUCUUAGUCAGGGUUGUUAGUCCUGAGCUGGAGGGCUGGACCACUCUUAGUCUGCCCUCUACCCUUUGGCCAGUUUGGCAUGGGUGACCCUAUCAAGAGCCAAAGAAUAAAGCCUGACUGCAGCCAACAUAGCUCUCUGGGUCAUUGAGGCACGCAAGCCUCCAAACCCUACGACAAGGUUGUGGUCUUCUUGGAAUUGAAUGGGUAAUAUAGUUCACAGCCAUCUUUCCAGUUUCGUCUUCAAAGAGAGACUCCUUUACAUUGCAGUGGCACAGAAUAGGACUUCAUUGUCAUUGCUCAAGACAACGAGAUUGCAUUGUCUCAUUGAGGCUGACAGACUAAGCAACUAAUGCAUGUGUGAUGAUCCAUUGCCAGCAGCUCACAUGAGCCAGUCAAGCAGUGGGGCAGCUUACAUCUUCCUGAUUAUCAGAGGACCCUUUUGAAUCAGGGCAUCAAAUGUACAUGUUGCGAUCCCGAACUCUGUUACUGGGCAGCAAGCAACACUAAGGGAUGUAGUGAAUAGAGCAGGAAUCCAGUGUGAUUUGCCAGAAAUUUGGACUACAAUCACUAUGGACUCUGAUCUGAAAUGGAUGUUACCCACUCCACAUAAAAUCUGUCUCUCUAGUCAGAGUGUAAAUGGUCCAUUAAGUUCCUCCUUUGGCUUAUUUAAAUGCCUUUUCACCACUUUGAAGGAAUUGGGUUUCUUUUUCGCAAUAGUGGUGGUGUGUGGCCUAGUGGAUAAGGCAUUGGACUAGUAAUCUGAAGGUCACCAGUUCGAGCCUCAGCUGAGGCAGUGUGUUGUGUCCUUGAGCAAGGCACUUAACAAUACAUUGCUCUGCGAUGAUACCGGUGCCAAGCUGCUUGGUGCCCUUCCCUUGGGCAACGUUGGUGGCUUGCAGCUUGGGAAACUGCCAGUCUCCCAUACAACUCUGUCCAGGCCUGCACACUGGAAAAAUUUCAAGGCGCAAAUCCAUGGUCUCACGAGACUAACGGAUACAUAUUAUUAUUAAUGCUGGACCUAGGGUCAUAGAGUCGUAGAAGAAUAUAGCACAGAAACAGGUCCUUCAACCCAUUUUGUCCAUGCCGAACAUUUAGACCAUCUACUCCCAUUGACCUGUUCCGGGAUAAUAGCCCUCCAUACCCCUACCAUCCAUGUACCUAUCUAAACCUCUCUUAAAUGUUGAAAUUGAGCUCAAUUGCACCACUCGUGGCAGCUCAUUCCACACUCUCACCACCAUCUGAGUGAAAAAGUUUCCCUUCAUGUUCCCCUUAAACUUUUCCCCUUUCACCCUUAACCCAUGACCUCUGGUUGUAGUCCUACCCAACCUCAGUGGGAAAAGACUAUCUAUACCUGUCAUAAUUCUGUAAGAGUUUUCACACUGUUUCUCAAAGAUAUUUUUUCAGGGAUUCAAAGAGUGCGUGGUGGGGUCGAUGACAAGGUCAGCACCGUUGUCCGUUCCUCAUUUCCUUUGAGAAGUUGGGGUGACCUGUCUUCCUGAAAUGGCGCAGUUCUUCUGGUGAAGAUUCUGCCAUAAAGCUGUUGGAUAAGAAGCUCCAGGAUUCAAAGUUAACGGGGAAGGGGAUGUUAAUUCUUCUUUCAGCCUUAAAAGAGCACAGCAAGGAAGGGACUACACUGGCGAGCAUUCAUCCUGCCACCAACUACCUACUCUCCAUCAACAGUGUAUUGGUUCUGCCAUAAAGUGGCUUCAAACUCUGUGAAUUCUAUUUCCAUCCAUUCAGGUAAUAGUGGAGAGUCAAACAUCAGACUGAUAACAAGGCAUCGGUUCAUCCAUAUUUCUUACACGGGCACUAUGGUAUCUCUUUCAGAGUUCACUCCCUGAGAUUGCUCCUUCUGUUCUUAGUUUUCCCAUUACACUCCUGGAGGGAACACCUCCAUCUCCUUGUGAUGUGUCUGUAGAGAGAGAGAGAAAGACUGGGAUCAGACUCUGUGAAAGGCAAUGUUUACCAAUGGGCAAUCCCAAAAUAUCCAGAAAGAAUAAUCAGAAUUAGAAUCAGAGUCAGUUUUAAUAUCACCAGCACGUCGUGAAAUUUGUUGUCUUCACAGCAGCAGUACAAUGCAGUGCAUAAUGCAGACAAAAACGUGAAUUACAGUAAAUAUAUAUAUACACACUUUUGGUAAUUCACAUUUUUUCUUUAUUAUUUAUUGCAAUUUGACAUAUAAAUAAUAGUAAAAUAAGUAGUGCAAAAAAAGAAAAAAAAAGUAGUGAGGUAGUGUUCAUGGGUCCAUUCAGAAAUCUGAUGGCAGAGGGGAAGAAGCUGCUCUGGAACAUGAAUGGAAUUGCUGCAGUGUAUACGCAGUAUAACUACUGCGAUAUCAUCCAUGCAGUCUGAAUUGAGCAAGCCCAUGUUUCACACUGUUCAUUCAUUUGUUCGUUCGUUGUGUGCUGUGUCAUAUGAGGUAGGCAAUCAUGGUCUUUCUAUAAACAUCACCGUUCUUGGCAACUGUUUCUACUGAAGCUGUUUGCCAUUGUCUUCUUCUGGACAGUGCCUUUACAAGACAGGUGACCCCAGCCAUCAUUAUGCCAGGAAUUGCCUGGCAUCAGCGGUCGCAUCACCAGGACUUGUGAUCUGCACCAACUGCUCAAGCAACAAUCCACCGCCUGCUCUCAUGGCCUCACGUGACCCUGAUCAGUGUGGGGGGGGGGGGUGCUAAGUAGGUGCUAGAGCUUGUCCUCUACCCCUCCUUUGGCAAUGACACAUCUCCAUCCUGCACCACCAUGCCCUCCCCCCAUACCUUGCCUGAAUUUUUCUCAAUAUCUCAGAUUUAGAACAGAGCAGGACCAAUGAAAUCUCACAAUAUUCCCAAAUGUUAUCAUCUUAACAAGUACCAUUGUACUUCCACUCGAAAUACUGCAUCUUUUGUAUAACUUUAAAAAGAAUGAGUGCAUCUUUUUAGCCUGAUGUGCUGUCUUUCUAUACUUUGUUAAUCAGCUCAAAUUAAAAGACAAAUUAAGAUGUGCCCAAAAUAUUGCUGUAUUGUAAAUUCUUAACUGAGACAAAGUUUGAAGUUUUAGCUACCAUAGAGUCACAGGUUUUUAAAUCAUUUUUUUACAGAAAGUUAGACCUAUAUGUUCUAGGUGUUUUGCUGUGUUAUCAACUAAAAACCUGGCUGGUUCUGCCCAGUUCUGCUCGCUGCUCUGUACUGAACUGACGCUGCAGCUU